AUGUCUCUAAGAGCCAGAAAUAGUAGACGCACUGGUUCCAAAAUGAGCUCUACUCUUAGGAAGCUAACGACCAUUGUUAAAAGCAUGAGCCAGCUGGUGAGUCAGGGGAAUCGUAGCAACGACUUAAAUCAAUUUAGGGAAGUUUUUAAGAGGGUAGCAGCUGCAAAACCACCCACUUACCUUGGGAAGGAGGAUCCUGCUAGUUUGGAGAAUUGGAUAAGGGAGUUUGACAAGUUGUUUGAUGCCAUUAACUUUCCUGAAGAAUUGAAGGUUAAUAAUGUUGUUUAUUACUUGAGGGAAGAAGCUGACCUAUGGUGGAGUCAAAACCGGACUAGGAUUUUAGAAACCCCUAACUUUGGGUGGAAAGAAUUGAAGAAGGCUAUAAGAGACAAGUUUUAUCCGGCCUACCUGAAGAAGCAGAAAUGCAUGGAGUUUACCAAUCUGAGGAAGGGAAAUAUGACCAUUAAUGAAUAUUAUAAUAAAUUUAUUGAGUUGAUGAAGCUUGCACCUGAGGUACUACCCACAGAGGAAUUGAAAGCCCAAAGGUUCGAGCAAGGUUUAACCCUAAGUCUUCAGGGGAAGUUGGGGGGGGGGGGGGUAACCUUCAAAACACUAGAUGAAGUCUAUGGGAGAGCUGCCCACCUAUAUGGGAUCCGAGGGAGAGAGUUACAGAACUCAGCUGGAGGGAAAAUGAAGAGUGAUGGGGGUUCACAUGAAGUUGAUAAGAGGCCUAGGAUUGGGGAGAGUUCUGGGGGAAAUGGGCAAUUCAAUAGGAGGGACAAUAGGGGAAACCUUGGGAAGGGAGCUAAUGGACAGGGAAAUAACAACCAUGGGAAUGGAAAUAACACCAAGCCUAAGAGAAGUUAUUUUUAUAAGAGAUGUGAGAAAAAUCACCCUGGGAAGGACUGUGAGGGAAACCCUGUGACUUGUCGUUACUGUCAGAAACUGGGGCAUUGGGAGUAUGAAUGUUACACCAAGGAGAAGGAUGUUAAGAUGGGGAAAGUCCUGGAGACCAAUAACCCACAUAAACCACCCCAGACCAAUGGAUCAGCUCAGAGGAAUGGAACCAGUAGCGGUGCAGGAGGGGCCCCUAAGGGUCGUGUGUUCAUGAUGAAUCGUCGUGAGGCUGAGGCUUCUAAUGAUGUGGUUUUUGUUACUUUCCUUGUUUGUUCUUUGAAUGCUAGAGUCAUGUCUGAUUCGGUGAGGAAUUGCUCUAAGUCACAUAAAGGGGUACCUAUCACCAUAGCUGGAGUAGAAUUUCCUUCUGAAUUGAUUGAGUUUGAUAUGAAAGACUUAGAUGUGAUUUUAGGAAUGGACUGGCUGGGAAAGUAUAAGGCUCACAUAGAUUGUGCUGCUCAGAAAGUAAAAUUGUUGGGUCCGGGUAAUGUGAUAGUGACUUAUAGGAAGGAAGGGAAGAGUUCAGGGAUCAAAAUCAUUUCUGCCUUGCAAUUUCAAAAUUGUGUCAGGAAGGGUUAUCCUAUAUACAUGUGUAGUGUUGAGGAAGUGGGAAGGGAGGAUGAGAAGAAAGAGAGUAUUCCAGUAGUUGAGGAAUUUCCAGAUGUGUUUCCUGAUGAGAUACCAGUGUUGUUUGUGAAAAAGAAGGAUGGAAUUUUGAGGUUGUGCAUAGACUAUCGUGAGUUGAAUAAUGUGACAGUCAAGAAUAAGUAUCCUUUGCCUAGAAUUGAUGGUUUUUUUGAUCAGUUGAAAGGGGCUGGAAUAUUUUCCAAGAUAGAUUUGAGGUCAGGGUACCAUUAUUUGAGAAUUGCAGAGAAAGACAUUGCCAAGAGUGCUUUCAGGACGCGUUAUGGUCAUUAUGAGUUCAUAGUUAUGCCAUUUGGGUUAACUAAUGCACCUGCAGUUUUCAUGGAUUUGACGAAUCGAAUCUUUAGGCCAUAUUUGGAUAAGUUUGUGGUGGUUUUCAUUGAUGAUAUUUUGAUCUACUCCAAGAAUAGGGAGGAGCAUGAAAAUCAUUUGAGGAAAGUAUUGUCGAUCUUGAGGGAGCACCAGUUGUAUGCUAAGCUGUCGAAGUGUGAGUUUUGGUUAGAAAAGGUAGCCUUUUUGGGUCAUGUGAUUUCUAGAGAAGGAAUUUCAGUAGAUCCCUCAAAGAUCAAUGCAGUGAGUGAAUGGACAACUGAUUACUUGUUAUUUGAUACGAUUUUAGAGUGA